AUGGCCUCAUACUUGAUCACAGGGUCUGCUCGCGGUAUUGGCUUUGGAAUAGUGUCCCUUUUGGCCUCUUUGCCAGCCUCACAGGUUGGAAAAGUCUUUGCUACCUCGCGCCAGAACAACUCGUCCAAGCUCCAGGAGCUUAUACAGCAGCAUCCCGACCGCGUUCAGUUUGUUCAGCUCGAUGUAACGGACAAAGACUCUGUGAAGCGGGCGGCGGCCGAAGUUGAGCGCGCCUUGGAUGGAAAGCCGCUGGACAUUCUUGUCAACAACGCUGGGUUUAUGCCAUGGGCAUCUGGAGGAAUUGUGGACGCAAACGAUCUUGCAGAAACAUUCGAUAUGAAUGUAGUCAGUGUCCACAAUGUCACUCGAGCUUUCCUACCAAUCUUAGCAAAGGGAGAGACGAAGAAGGUUUUUAAUAUUUCAACCUCCCUAGGCUCGAUUGCUCACGCAGAUAAAUACACGCAUUUGCUAGUCCCCUCAUACAAGAUCACCAAGGCAGCGCUGAACAUGUUGACAAAGCAGUACGCGCUUGAGUUUGUCGAUGCUGGAUUCACGUUUGUCGUCAUAAGCCCCGGCUGGUUGCAGACAGACAUGGGCGGCGAGAGUGCCGAUCUCACCGUGGAGACCGGUGUCAAGGCAACCCUGGAUAUCAUGCACAGCAAGACCAAAGAGGAUACCGGGAAAUUCUUCAAUAUAAAAGUCGCGGGAUGGGAAAACAAGGAAGGUCCGAACCAGUAUGAUGGUACCGAAUUACCAUGGUAG